AACAAGAUGAAAGCAACUAUCAUGAACCAGGAGAAACUCGUCAAACUGCAAGCACAAGUGCGCAUUGGUUGGAAAGGAACUGCUCGCCGAAAAAAGGUGGCUCAUCGAACAGCUAUAGCAGAUGACAAAAAACUUCAGUUCUCUUUAAAGAAGUUAGGGGUAAACAAUAUCUCUGGUAUUGAAGAAGUGAAUAUGUUCACAAACCAAGGAACAGUGAUCCACUUUAACAACCGUAAAGUUCAGGCAUCCCUGGCAGCGAACCCUUUCACCAUUACAGGCCAUGCUGAGAGGAAGCAUCUGACAGAAAUGCUACUCAGUAUCUUAAACCAACUUGGUGCAGACAGUCUGACUAGUUUAAGAAGGCUGGCUGAAGUUCUGCCCAAACAAUCUGUGGAUGGAAAGGUACCACUUGCUACCGGAGAGGAUGAUGAUGAUGAAGUUCCAGAUUUUGUGGAGAAUUUUGAUGAAGCUUCCAAGAAGGAAGCAAACAGAAUUGAAUCAACUUCUGAGGAAGAUAAAGCUUGA